AUGGAAACGGUCAUCAGCCACACAGACGCACUCAACCAUUCUGCAGUCUUCACCCCGAUCUUCAACUACAGCUGUCGCUUCGAUGAGGAGUUCAAAUACAUCCUGCUGCCUGUGUCCUACAGUCUGGUGUUUGUGGUCGGCUUCGUGCUCAACGCUGCAGCGUUAUGGAUGUUCCUCAAGAUGCGUCCGUGGAACCCCAGCACGGUCUUCAUGUUCCACCUCGCCCUGUCCGACUUCCUGUACGUCGUCUCGCUGCCCACCCUCAUCUACUACUAUGCCAACCGCAGCCACUGGCCCUUCGGUGUGGCUGCCUGCAAAAUCGUGCGCUUUCUCUUCUACGCCAACCUCUACUGUAGCAUCCUCUUCCUCACCUGCAUCAGCGUGCAUCGGUACCUCGGCAUCUGCCAUCCCAUCAAGGCGCUGACCCUGGUGAAGUCCCGUCACGCCCACACGGUGUGCGGCAUGGUGUGGGUUGUAGUGACUGUGUGCCUGGUGCCCAACCUCAUCUUCGUCACCACCUCCAGGAGGGACAACGACACCUUGUGCCACGAUACAACCAGCCAGGAGGCCUUCGAGGACUAUGUGAACUACAGCUCCGUCGUCAUGGUGCUGCUGUUUGGCAUCCCGUUCAUGGUGAUUAUGGUGUGUUACUGCCUGAUGGCGCAGACUCUCUGUCGGCCCAGACAGGGAUUAUCUGCCCGCCAGCAGGGCGCCGCUUCACGUCAGAAGUCCAUCAAACUCAUCAUUAUAGUGCUGGUGGUGUUUGCGGUUAGCUUUGUCCCGUUUCACAUCACUCGUACUCUCUACUACACCUCCCGAGUGCUGAAUCUUCACUGUGACUUCCUCAACAUUGUAAACUUUACCUACAAGAUCACCCGGCCGCUGGCGAGCGUCAACAGCUGCAUUGAUCCCAUUCUGUAUUUCCUGGCUGGGGAUCACUAUCGCUCCAAACUGAUGUCGGUUCUGACAGGAAAGAGACGGACAACGAACAGCCAAACACCUGAACAGGCACAACCAAACAGUAACUGCAUUAUCGGUUUGGCUUAUAAGAACUCAGCCCUAAAAGUUAAUGAAGAGGCUCAGGGAUAGUUGGAAAUGUUAAGUGAUAAACUUGUAUGAAAUACUUCUAGCUAAACUAACAUUUCAAAUGAGAGGUUUGCUGUAACAUUCAUUAACAAUUUAUGCUUUCAGUCCAUCCAUAGUUACCGUGUUUUGACUGCCACAAAAUCAGUACAUAAAACUCUACAUGUAAAUAUGCAGUAUUUACACUGAGAAAAUGGUGCCUCUGCAGAAGACAGUAAGAAAUUUGAGUAAAAGCCUUCGACACAGAGGAUUUGAAGUGAGUGACAGUGAAUUGUCACAUAUAGAAAGUUUGAUCGACCAUCCACUGUUCAUAUCUGACAGAAAGUCUGACUGCGGUCUCAAUAAUAGGACACUUGUGAGGCGGUCCUUCCUGUUUUGUCAGCAGUGUUUGUGUGUUACACAGAAACUGCAGCUCCACAUCCCAGCUGUUUUUGUCCUUCAGCUUCCACAGCUGUCUUUUGCUCCGCUGUGGAGAAAUACAAUGAGAUGGCUCCGGUCAGUCUCCCUCGUUUCUGAAACCACCCACUCCUCAGCAGAGGGAGAAGGGAUUUUCCUUUUUUCCCCUCUUACCUUUGGGACUGAUACAUGGAAAUGUAAAGGUCUUUUUCUAUCAGUGAUCCAGCCUGAACUUCACAGGAAGAUUGCAGGAGCUUAAGUCAUUUCUGGGAAGUUUGAGCCGUCCGCCCUUGUUUGCAACGUUGAUGUAUGCAUCUACGCUGGAGCAGAUGUUUCCAUACAGCACUGUGCCGUAGAGUGUUCUGGUGAUGCGAAGCACUAUUUUCAAAGUUGUUUUUGUAAUUACAGUUUUAUGUGUGCCGUAAAGUGUUACUGUGUGAGUUACAGUGGUCAUAAACUGUGCUUCUUGACCUGAUUAUGCAGGGCAUCUUUUCUGUUGGUUCGGUGUCAAAUGUAAUGUUCUGAUUAAAAGAGUAACGUAAAGUGA